AUGCCCGAUCCAUCGCCUGGUGUCAACCAUGCUGACUCCAUUGAAUCGCAACUCGACACAGGAAAAAAGGAUGACAAGAAGAAGAGCCGCCGACCAGCGAAUACGGCAUUCAGACAACAACGUUUGAAGGCAUGGCAACCAAUCUUGACGCCCAAGACGGUCCUGCCUCUGUUCUUUACGAUUGGAAUCAUAUUUGCCCCUAUCGGCGGGCUCUUGCUCUACGCAAGCGCGAAGGUCAAGGAAAUCCGCAUCGACUACACGCACUGCCUUACGGAAGCGACCUCCACUCUUGGUGAAAUGGACUCGAAGUACAUCAGCACUGCAUUUAAGAGCGACGACCAGACGAAGAACGCCGAGUGGGCUGUGACAGACAUCGAUGUCACCGACGGACCGAUAACAUACUCAGCGAAGCAAUGCAGAAUCCAGUUCAGAAUCCCGGAGGAUAUGGGGCCGCCUGUACUGUUCUACUACCACCUCACAAACUUCUACCAGAAUCACAGACGCUAUGUCGCUUCCUUCUACGACAAGCAGCUUAAAGGAAAUGCCGAGUCCUCAGGCAACGUCAACAGCUCUUCCUGUGAACCCCUUGAGUGGGAUUCGCAUGCCAAGAAGCCUUACUAUCCCUGUGGUCUGAUUGCGAACUCCAUGUUCAACGAUACGUUCACUUCGCCCCGCAUGCUCCAAGAGGACUCGAUUUACCCGAUGAAGAAUAACUCGGGUAUCGCCUGGGCGUCCGAUGCUGAACUCUACGGGGAAACCAAGUAUGACCCAGCUGAUAUCAUGCCGCCGCCAAACUGGAGGGUCCGGUACCCUAAUUACACCACUGAGCACCCACCACCCAACAUCGCCGAGUGGCAGGCCUUUCAGGUUUGGAUGAGGACCGCUGGAUUGCCGACUUUCAGCAAACUCUACCAGCGCAACGACGACGAGACCAUGAAGGCCGGCACCUACGAGGUCAACAUCACUGAUAACUUCCCGACCACUGAGUACAAGGGAAGCAAGUCCAUCGUCAUCACCACACGCACGAUCAUGGGUGGCAGAAACCCAUUCCUGGGUAUCGCUUACAUAGUAGUCGGUGGCAUGUGCAUCCUCCUGGGUGUGAUCUUCACUGUCACUCAUCUUAUCAAACCGAGAAAGCUCGGUGACCACACUUACCUCUCCUGGAACAACGCACCCGGCUCCAAGCCGGGUGCCGGCCCUAGCUCAGCAAUGGCCUCAGGUCGCGAAGUACGACCCGGCGAAGCUUAG